UCGCUAGCUAUAUAUUUGUUUUGGUUGUUUUAGAUUUAAAAUAUUUCGAUAUUAAUUUUUAAUUAUAUUUAAUUUUCGGUGUGCCUUUUACAUACAAGUUUCUGUUUUUCACUCUUGUUGGCGCUUGAUUGGGCGCCGUGGCGGGAAAACCUGAGUUAUUUACAGACAGAAACAUAAGUCAGCAGUGUGCACAAUGUUAAACGCCAUCAGAACUGAUCUGCACUUAUUACUUGAGUGUCUGAAGUACCAGAUGAAAAGUCCAGCAUCUCAGAAGCAAGCUCUACUCACCAUCGCUUCAAUCUGCCAACAGAACACAGGUGGUCAGAACGUGGAGUUUCUGAAAGAGAUUGGAGGUGUGACGUUCAUCUAUAACCUGUCCAGGGCCAGUGAUUUCCCUGAGGUUAAAGAGACGGCUCUGUUCACGCUCAGCGCUCUGGCUGAAGCAAGCGAGAGCUGUAAGCAGAGCCUGUGCAGAAAGGAGAUAUUCGGUGGCUUGGCAGACUGCAUGGAACAGGAAGUGUCCCUCACUCUGAAGAGAGUGGCCGUCUACAUGCUUUGUGUAUUAGUUUCCAACAACAAACAGGGGCAGAGCCUUGCUCAGACUUCUAAGUGUAUUGAGAUCCUGCUCAACUUAUUCAGGAGUACUUAUCCCACAGCUGAAGGAACUAAUGAGCUGCUGCAGCUGUGGACGUCAGUGUCCAGUGCUCUCUGUGGCUGUGUCAACAACCCCCAGAAUGAGGAGAACCAGCAUGCCUGCAUGUGUGUGUUGCCUCUGGUUAAAGUGUGGCUUCUGCAGGUGUCUGUGUUCAAGGUGGAGCUAUUUCAACCUGUCUGCUCCUUCAUUAGCAUGACUGUGGCUAAUAACUCAUGUGUUCAGGAGUAUUUUGCGUCUAUUGGAGGACUGCACACACUCUCAGACGCUUUGUCCAGUGUGGUUACUCAGUGCAGAGAGAAUCCUGCGGCCUGUCAGCUUGCUAUCCUGAUCACAAGAACAAUGUCUUUUUGCAUCACUGAGAACGAGGCUUUAGCACCAGUUCUGUCUGAGCUGACUUUGGUUCCAGACUUCCUGAUGCUGCUGUCCAGCCCAAUUCUCAGCCCAAGAGACCAGCUGGCUGUGGUGUUAACACUUGGACACUGCACUGAUGCAUGUGUGGAGCAUCAGUCUCAGUUGUUGCAGGGUGGUGGACUUCCUCUGAUGAUCUCUCUCCUGACUGAUGUGAAUGAUGAGGAGGUCAAAAGAGCAGCUACAUUUGUACUGCAGACGUGUAGAAAUCUCACUGGAUCUCUCACAGCUCAGAUUGUGGAGUCUGAUCUACAGAGACACCGUCAGUCAGCCUGGGAAAUCCAGCAGAAAAUUCAGCAGCUGGAAAGACGACAGAUGGGCGAUUUGAAAAAGGGUCUAGAACAUUUUUCAGACCAGCCCACAGAUUGCAAAGAAGAUUUGUGGGAAGCCUCGACUGUGCGAAAGGCCAAAGGUCAAAGCCAAGUGUGUGAGGAGGAGUGGUGGAGAGAGGACAUUCCUCAGAACUUCAGUCUAACUAAACAACGUCCAACACAGCCAAUGCAGCAUGUUCGGAGACAGAUUGUUAAAGACUUUGAUGAAGUCAAUCCUUUCCAAAAAAGACCUGGAGAACAACAGCAACUGGAGGAGAGUCUGAUGGGAUGUAGUGAAACAGAAAAGAGUGAGCAGCCAAUGAGAAGAGAGAGGCAGAUAAAAACCAGAGGGAUUAAGGAAAUAGAGAGAAGUGAAACAAGUGCAACAAACCUCAACAAAGUCAGAAGCAGAAAUGACCUGGAAAAAGAGAACCUCGAAAGUGCCACAUGCACCAAGGAGCUAGAAAAAGACAGAGAUGUUUGCAGCCCAAAUAUUUUCAAAUGUCCUGCUCCCAUGAAGAGACACCAGCAGAUUCUGUUUCGCCCCGAUGAUGAGCUGUCUGUGUGCUCUGAGCUCCUGGAUCAUGAGAUUGAGAGGAUUCUGAUCACUCCAGCUAUGUCUAAGCACAGAAAGCUACGAUGUGCAGGGUGUGUGAGUGGGUUGGAUGAGGUGAACAGCAGGACAAUAGGUGUGGUCCUGCGCACCUGUAAAAGUCAGUGUGAGUUCCACCUGGUGUUGCAAAGAGCCGAGGAUCGUCUGAAAAGAAGCCUGCGCAUCGAUAGGAUCACACACACAAGUCCUCACGAUCACAUUAUUGACUGUGGAGUCAGAGAUGUGUGUUCUGUAGAAACGCCCUCCACACACACCAUGAAAGGGAAGGAGAGUCAUGCAAACAGAUCGAACUGCAGAGCUGCUAUUAGGUUGAUCAAUCUCACUCCGCUGAAGAGAUCCCAUGAAACACAGGGCAAGACUCUGCAGUGGAAAAUAAACAUGUCCCGAUUCCAGAAACCAGGAGACGUUGAUGCAAAGCAAAGUUCCUCAGGCAGUCACAGAGACAGGAAGCACUAUUCUUCAGAUGAGCUGAAGUACCUCAGUGAGGGAGUGAGACGGUUUGGUCACUCCUGGAACACUAUACUGUGGGCGUAUCCUUUUCAGCAGGGACGCACAAACACAGACCUAGCCCAGAAAUACAGAAAGCUACAUCAGGACUCAGUGCUGUACCCAGACCUCAUAACCCAGGAAUCUGCUGAACAAAGAGUUCGGUAAAGAGACAACAUGGUCUGUACACUUUGCACUGUUAAUGUGUAAACAGCAGAUCAGCUUUUAAUGCAUCUGUGGUGUUCCUCUUGAAGUGUUUAUUUAGUAUUUGCACUGACUUAAAUACUGUUUAGUUGUUAUAUUGAAUGAAAGAACAGGUUUUACUCAUUUUUGGAACUAAUGUUUGAUUAAAGUGUUUCCUGCCCAGCA